AUGUCAGGGGGGAGCAGUGGGCAUACCAGGACGCGAGAGGAAUUUAAGGUUGUGAUAGUAGGUGAUGGUGGAUGUGGGAAAACCUCUCUACUCCAGGUUUGCACUAAAGGAGACUUUCCAGAGAAAUAUGUUCCAUCUGUGUUCGAAAAAUGUGUCGCCAACGUGAGGUACAGAGGCGCUGAGUUUCGUCUGAACAUCUACGAUACUGCAGGUCAAGAGGACUACGACCGAUUACGCCCUCUGUCCUAUCAGAGUGCCAACCUGAUAUUGAUCUGCUAUGAUGUCACUUGCCCCUCAAGUUAUGACAAUUUGCUAAUCAAGUGGUUCCCCGAGGUGCAUCACUUCUGCCGUGGCGUGCCCAUUAUCCUGGUAGGAUGCAAAACAGACCUGCGGAAAGACAAGGUCUUGGAAAAGAAACUGUGGUCUUCAGGCGAGAACCCCAUCACAUACAUCCAGGGUGAAGAGACCAAAAGGAAGAUCAACGCUGACCUCUACUUGGAGUGUUCAGCCAAAUACAAGGAGAAUGUGGAGGACAUAUUCAGAGAGGCUAUCAAACGAGCCAUUGCAGUAACAAGGAAGACAAAAUGGAAAAGAUUCUGUGCCUUUCUGUGA